AUGAUUACACAUUACAUUUUAUGUGCGUCGUUUCCCUGUGCAUAUCAUUUUAAAGUUUUCUUUCUUUCAGGAGUCACAUACCGUAUGGUAGGAGGAGAGAACUACGGACGAGUGGAAGUCGCCCUUGGUGACACAUGGGGUACUGUAUGCGAUACAUCUUGGGACGACAAUGAGGCUCGCGUGUUUUGCCGCCAAAUGAACUUCACUGACGGGAAAGCUGCCCGUCGUGGCGCGUAUGGCUUCGGUACUGGUCCCGUCUGGCUGAGUCAUCUCCGCUGUACAGGAAACGAGACGCAUUUACAUCGCUGUCCGCACAGAGGCUGGGAUAGUGAACUCUCUGAAGUCGAAGACGACAUAACCGGAAUUUUAUCGACAUUUUGUGCCAGCCACAAACGUGACGCUGGCGUGUUCUGCUUCAGUUCAGUGCGCCUGAGUAUUGGGGUUGAUAGAGGCUCCAGCAGUGGGGCUAUCGAGGUGGAGCGUAACGGAAAAUGGUACUAUGUUUGUGACGACGGAUUCACUGACGCUGCAGCUCAAGUGGUGUGUCAUAGCCAGAAAUACCUGUACGGUCGCACAGUGCCCGGUUCAGGAUUUGGAAAAGUGAGCUCUAUCUCUAUUGCUAUGACUCACGUCGUGUGUAAAGGGACGGAGAGCACGUUGUUAUCCUGCAACUAUAAAUGGGGUGAACCUGACCAGUGUAAAACCGGACAUUACGCUUCGGUCGUCUGCUUUAACAAAACAGAAAGUUCUGGUAAGUUGUUGUUGCUUGCUUUCUUCUUCUUCUUCUUCUUCUUCUUCUUCUUCUUCUUCUUCUUCUUCUUCUUCUUCUUCUUCUUCUUAGCAAAUUAG